AUGGAUAUGUACAAAGAUGAUAGCUCACCAUACUGUUAUUUCCAUCCAAAAGCAGAAUAUGUUGGAGUGUGUCCCCUCUGUUUGAACGAGAGGCUUCUGGUUUUAGCUUCAAAGCAGAGAUCAUCAAGAACCAAACACUCUUCCUCUUCACCAAUCAUCAGCCUCCCUAAGAUCUUCGCCUUGAGCUCUCUCCUCAGUCGCCUCGAUCUCCGUCACCACCGGAAAUUCCAUCCCUCCUCCGAUCUCGACGUCUCCACAAGCCAAGAAGAUUCUUUUAUAUCGAUAAAAUUCGAAGACGAUGGAAACGCGUCGUGGGAGAAGAAAACAGUGUCAAAGAUUUGUGUAGACAACACAAACUCAACAUGUGAGAAGCAGCAAUCCCCUAUUACGAGCACUACAAGUAUCGUAGAACACAAUAGUGGCAAGUCAUCGCUCAGGUGGCGCAAACGUAUUGGUCACCUUUUCCACGUCAUCAAACUCAGAUCAGGAUCGUCCACCUCUUCUUGCCACGUAGCACCAUCCAAGGUCGAGGGAGCCAAAGUGAGGAAACAGGGUUGGAUGGUGAGGACCUUAACCAAGAAAAGUAAAAGUUAA